AUGCCCAAGGCCACGACUCCAAUGGCUGGCCGCCAGGCCAAGCGCCACAAUCCUCUCGAGGAUGACAUCGUCGCAACCGGCGUGCUGCGCAACAAGCCGAGCAAGAAGAGGGCCAAGACGGAAAACGACGCCGAGGAGGGCUUCGUCGACUCCAAGGCGUCCAAGAACAUCCUGCGGAUAGGCCGCGAGCUUGCAGAGGAGGAAAAUGCCGAGAAGGCGGCUGCCAUGCCCCCGCCCACGGUGGACAACUUUGGCUUCGACUCGCGCUUCGACGACAUUGCCGACGACGGCAAGGCGUACGACGAUGACGAGGCAUGGGGCGAUGAGGACGAGGUCGUCGAGGAGAUUGAGGUUGAUCCGGAAGACCUGGAGACGUACAAGAGGUUCAUGCCCGACGAGGAAGACGACCUGUUGAAGCAUGGUUGGGACCAGAAGCCGUCGGGCGACGAGCCCGCCGAGGGUGAGAGCCGCAACCUGGCAGACCUCAUCCUCGAGAAGAUUGCCGCCCACGAGGCUGCCGAGGCCAGAAAGGAAGCCGGCCUGCCAGUGGACGACUACGAACUGCCCCCCAAGGUGGUCGAGGCCUACACCAAAAUCGGACAGAUCCUUUCGCGCUACAAGUCUGGGCCGCUCCCUAAGCCCUUCAAGAUCCUCCCCACCAUUCCCCACUGGGAGGAAAUUCUGGAAAUCACCAAGCCCGAGAGCUGGACGACCAACGCCUGCUACCAAGCCACGAGGAUAUUCGUCUCCCACAAGCCCAUCGUGAUCCAGCGGUUCCUCGAGAUGGUGAUUCUGGAGCGAGUCCGCGAGGACAUCUACGAGACGAAGAAACUCAACGUCCACCUUUUCAACUCGCUCAAGAAGGCCCUCUACAAGCCGGCCGCCUUCUUCAAGGGCUUCCUCUUCCCGCUUGUUGGCAGUGGUACUUGCACUCUGCGGGAGGCACACAUCAUCUCGGCCGUCCUGGCAAGGAUAUCGAUCCCCGUCCUGCAUUCGGCAGCUGCUCUCAAGGGCCUGUGCGACAUUGCCGCGCAAGAGGCGUCAGCGGGCAGCGAGGGUGGCGGCGCGACCAACAUCUUCAUCAAGACGCUGCUGGAGAAGAAGUACGCUCUGCCGUACCAGGUCAUCGACGCGCUGGUUUUCCACUUCCUGCGGUUCCGCAGCGUCGACCCCGCCAGCGUGCAGCAGGGUGACGCCAUGACGGGCGUUGCCGAGGGCGACGUCAAGACGAAGCUUCCCGUCAUCUGGCACCAGAGCCUGCUGGCGUUCGCGCAGAGAUACAAGGGCGACAUCACUGAGGACCAGCGCGAGGCGCUGCUGGACCUGCUCCUCAGCCACGGGCACUCGGCCAUCGGACCCGAGGUCCGGAGGGAGCUGCUGGCGGGGAGAGGCCGUGGCGUGCCUCUGGAGCAGGAGGCCGUGCUGGAUGGAGACGACACCAUGGCCAUUGACUGA